UGCCUGCCGGGGGCGUACCGAGCCGCGGCGGGAACGGAGGGCACGGCGCUGCCUGCCCCGGGACGGCUCCGAGCCGGGCGGGAAGGGCCGGAGAAGGCAGAGCCGCCGGGGGCUGUGGGUGCGGCGGGAGCCGAGCGGCCGCGGGCGGCGGACGAUGUGAGCCGGCGGGAAGAUGAAGCCCAGCGCCGCGGAGGCCGCCGACAGAGCAGCGCGUCCCCCAGAUGGAAUGCAAGGAAAAGCAGAAAGGACAAAGUCUGCUCUGAAGAGUGUGAGAAGAGACACAGGGAAAGCAGAGAAGCUGAAGCCCCUCACUGGGAAGGUUUUUUACCUGGAUAUUCCUUCCCGUGUCAUCUCUGAGAAGAUAGGCAAGGACCUGAGAGAGCUGGGAGGGAGAGUGGAAGGUUUCCUUAGUAAAGACAUCAGCUAUCUGGUGUCUAACAAGAAGGAGGCCAAAUUUGCAGCCAGCCUUGCUCAGAUUUCUCCUGUCCCCAGCCCAGAGUCUGCACACCAUGGAGGGAACAGCUCCCCUCACCCCAGCACCUGCAGAGAGCGACAGGAGGGGACCUCCUUCAAGGUGGUGGACACAGUGCACAUGAGCAGAGGCAAGUCCCUGGUUGAGAAGGCAAUCAAAGAGCAGGACCUAAUCCCCUCUGGCAGCAUCCUGUCCAGUGCUCUCAGCUGGGGAGUGAAGAUUCUUCAUCUUGAUGAUGUGAAGAGCUACAUUGAACAGAAGAAGAAGGAGCUCUACCUCCUCAGGAGGCCAGGCAGUGCUUCCAAAGAUGUGGUAAAACAAGUUCCUGCUCCCAAGUCCAAAAGCAGGCUGAAGAAUCCCUUUGUGAAGGUGGAAGACAGGAGCCGCCGGUACCGACCCUUCUACCUGCAGUUCCACAUCUUCCCAGCGCUCAACUACUGUGUCCCAAAGCCCUGCAGCCCCUUCGAGAUGGAGAAGAAGCUUCCCUCUGCUCCUAAGCAAAGAAACAAACCAAACAGUGACAAGGACUGUGGGACCCCUCUUCAUCUGCCUCAGAAGGACAAGAAGAGGAGAGGAUAUUGUGAAUGCUGUGGGAAGAAAUAUGAAGAUCUGCACACACAUCUUGAAAGUGAGCAGCACCAAACCUUUGCACACAGCACAGAGUACAGAAUUGUGGAUGAAAUCAUCUCCAAGUUUGUUUAUCAGUUUGUGGAGUACAAGGAUGAUGCCAACAAACCUAAAAGGACCAAGUGCAGCACAGGAUAUUUCCCUCCUGCCCUGGGCAGGGUGGCUCGGCCAGAGGAGCUGAAGGAAAGGCUGCAGAGGCAGCAGAUGGCCUUGAGAAGUUUCUCCUGGAAGGACUCAGCAGCCUGGGGGCUCAGAGCGGCUCAGCAGCCUGCGGAGAUCCAGCCCAGCUCCCUGCCAGCACCUCUCCCUCCUGCUGAGUGUGUCUGUCCAGUUCUCCACUGCCACCUGCCCCAAGCUUCUGAACUAAAAAGCAAGUUGAGAAGCAGUGAAGCAAACAUCCAAGCUGGUAGUUGCUGGGCUGCAAGCUGUGCAGGGGCCAUGGCACAGCCACCCACUCAGUUUGAUGCCCAGGCCUGCACAGAGAGCUUGCCUCAGGCUCAUCAGCUGCUCAGAAAAGCAUCAGAGGAGGCACAAGGAAAGCCAAAGGACUCGCAGGGUCCUCAGCAAGAGGGCGAGAAGGACAGGAACCUGUUGCUGCCAAAGCGAAAACUGACCAGCACAGCAGCUCUGCCAGCAAAGUGCCUGAGGAAAGCAGCUGCCCAGCCUGUGCCUGGCAAGAGGCAGGGUGACCCCAUAGAGAACCAGCAGCAGGGCCUGCUGCUUGAGCCUGAGGGGCCUGCUGCUGCUGCAGACAGAGACCUGGGGGAGCAGGGUGCUCAGAGCUCACCCUCUGCGAAGCUGCACAGGAAAGUGAAGGUUUGCCUGGGGAGAAACAAGAGAGAGCAGCGGAGGCAGAAGGUGGAGCUGUGCCCGGAGCAGCAUCCAGAGGCUGUGUCUGCUGCUGAGGAGAGGAGAAGCUCCUGCAGCUCACCGGUGCAGGCCCUCCUGGAGCUGUUCCAGAGCAGCGAAAGGAACUCGGAGUUCGGAGGUUUCUCGGGCGCUGCUGAGAGCAGAGGUUCCGUGAGCACAGGGGAUCGCUGCGGGGGGCAGAGCAGUAGCAUCCCCUGGUCCUUGUUUUCCUCUUCAUCCUCAUCCCCCUUUGUUGGAUUUUAAUGCUGCUUUAUUUAACAGAGUCCCAAAUAAACCUGCAGGUUGGA